AUGUUAUAUUCUAAGUAUUGUUAGUAAGAUUUUGAUGGUUAUGAGAAAAUAUCAGAAUUAGGGAAUGGAGCAUAUGGAAAAGUUUAUUUAGUUAAGAAGGAUGGGGAGUUAUUUGCUUUAAAAACUGUAUGUAUAAAAGUAACAUAGAGGUGCCUAAAGGAAUAUUUAAUGAUAUAAGUGAAUAGUAAUUACAGAAAGAAAUUUAUAUUCAUAAAAAACUAGUUCAUACAAAUAUAAUAAAGCUUCAUUCUUAUUAUUAAGAUAGAUAGCAUAUUCAUUUGUUGAUGGAAUAUGCAGAAGGUGGUUGUUUAUAUUAAAGAAAUUUAACAUUGGAUGAAAUCUAAGACUACUUUAGUUAAAUUUGCAAUGGAAUAUACUACUUGCAUUCAAAUAAUAUAAUACAUCGAGAUUUAAAAGUAAUGUAUUGAAUUAAUUGAAAGCCUGAGAAUAUUUUAUUAAAGAACAAUGUAAUAAAGUUAUGUGAUUUUGGAUGGUCAGCAGAGGUUGGAUAUAAUAAAUAGAGAGACACUCUUUGUGGUACUAUUGAUUACAUGGCUCCAGAAGUGUCUUAAGGGAAAUAUUCAUUUAAAGUAGAUACAUGGUCAUUAGGAAUAAUUCUUUAUGAAAUGAUUCAUCAUUCAGUUCCAAAAAUUCCAAGAAUAUAUAAUUGUCCUGAUUUAGUUAAAGAUUUGAUAGAUAAAUUAUUAGUAGCUUAGGAUGAAAGACUUAGUAUAAGUUAGGUAUUAUAGCAUCCUUUUGUGAAAAAGGGGUAAGUAGGUAGAGAAUCAAUUUUAAGUGUACAUUCAUUAAAUUAUAAUAAAUAUCAAGCUGAAGGGUUGAUAUUAUUUAAUGAAUUAGAUGUAAGUUUGGAGUAAUAAGACAGAGCUAUAAAUAGAAUGACAGACAUUUUUAAACCUAGGUAAUCAAGGAAGGUUCCUGAAUAAUAAAUAAUAUAGUAAACUACUAAAAAAACUUUAUUCAAUACAAUACUAGAUACUUUGGGAUGUAUGAAUAGAAUUAAGAAAUAAUAAUAAAGUUGA